CUAGUUUAUUUAUGAAUCUGAAAAAUCGGAGAUGAUUCGCAUUUGGUAAACAAGGAAGAGAAUCUCCCCAUCUUUUUUAGAUCUCAUUAUUGCCCUUUUGAUCUUCAAUUAUUCUUAAUUUGUGUAAACAAAAUUCUGUCUGGGGGCUCUCCGGAUCUCCUCCGAACUGCAAGCUCACCACCCUCGCCCGCCUCUGAUCUUAUCCGUUUCCUCCCGAUCUUUUCUGCGAAACUGAAUCUUCGCAUCUCCUCCUCUUUAGUAGAGCAGAGCUCUCUCUUCGAAGAUCCAUCAAGUGGCAGCGAUGGAGAUGGCCUUGCAGCCACCGAAGCCUCUCUUUUGUCGGAUGACGCUUUUUGGACGGACACGAUUCGAAAUCCGGCCGGCUACGGAAUCUUUGCUAUGGUGCAAAGAAUUCAAAAGAGUCAUGGCUCCUAUUGCAGCAAGCUCAGAGUAUUCAAGGAGGCGCCCAAGAAGAAGCUCGAUUCCCCGGACGAAAGGUUCUCCUCCUAGAGGGUUUGCACCUAGACCGCAAGUUGGAACAGGCAUCCAGAAGAAAGAUCAAAGUGAUGUUGAGGCAAAAGAAGAAUCUGAAAACACUAGCUCGAGUAAAUAUUCACUUUCAAGCAGUGAAUUCAAUGAAAGAAAGGUUGCUGGAGAAGAACAAACAACCGAACUUGAUGCAGGAGGCAUCCCGGGCAGUGCCGUGAAAAGGAGAGCGGACAUACUCGAGGAAGUGGAGGAAGAGAGUUAUGGGGAAGAUGAUAAAGAUCAAAAAACCUGUACACGAAUGCCUUCUGCAGCUGCUGAUAAUUAUGAAACUGAUGGGCAGAGAGCUGAGGAUGAGGGAGAUCGGGUAGGUUUAAGAAAACAGCAUCUAUCAGUUCUUUACAGUGAAAAAGAAAUUAAAGAACAAGAGGUGACUGGCGUGACUGAUGAAGUAGGGAGACAGAUGCUAGAGCGUCUUGCUGAAGGGAACUUUUCAAGUGGGAACAAGGUAUUUGUUGUUCCAGAAGUGGUGAAGUCUGAUGAAGUUAUUGAAAUAUUCUUUAAUCGAAGCUUAUCAGCUUUGAUGAAUGAACCGGAUGUUUUGAUUAAGGGUGCAUUCAAUGGUUGGAGGUGGAAAUUUUUUACUGAAAAGAUGCACAAAACUGAUCUUCGAGGGGAUUGGUGGUCUUGCCAACUAUAUGUACCUAAGGAGGCAUAUAAAAUAGAUUUUGUGUUUUUCAACAGUGCCAACAUCUAUGAGAAUAACGAUUCAAAAGAUUUUUCUUUACUUGUGGAAGGUGAAAUGGAUGAAUUAGCAUUUGAAGAUAUCUUGCUGGAAGUGAAACGAAGGGAACUUGAAAAACUUGCUGCAGAAGAAGCUGAACGGGAAAGACAGGAUGAAGAGCAGCGCCGAAGGGAGGCAGAGAAGGCUGCAAAUGAAGCAGACAAAGCACAGGCAAAGGUGGAGGUACAGAAAAAGCGGGAAGCUCUUCAUCGGGUAAUGAAAUUGGCAAAGCCUGUUGACGACGUCUGGCACAUAGAGCCUAGUGUAUUCAAGGGCGGGGACAUGGUGAGAUUAUAUUAUAAUAGAAGCUCUUGCCCACUUGCUCAUGCUACGGAAAUCUGGAUUCAUGGUGGUCAUAAUAAUUGGAUUCAUGGAUUGUCUAUAGCUGAAAGGCUUCUUCGAUCUGAUAAAAAGGACGGUGAUUGGUGGUAUGCAGAAGUUGCUGUACCCGACCAUGCACUUGUUCUUGAUUGGGUUUUUGCCAAUGGACCACCACAAAAGGCAAACAUCUAUGAUAACAACAAUUCCCAAGAUUUUCAUGCUACAGUCCCAAAUUGCAUGCUUGAAGAUCUGUUCUGGGUUGAAGAAGAACAUAGAAUCUACAGAAAGCUUCAGGAAGAAAGAAAAUUAAAAGAGGAGGCUGUUCGGAAAAAGGCUGAGAAAACUGCACGCCUGAAAGCUGAAACAAAGGAAAGAACAAUGAAAAUGUUUUUGCUGUCCCAAAAACAUAUAGUUUAUACUGAGCCACUUGAUGUAAGAGCUGGAAGCAUGGUCACAGUCUUUUAUAAUCCCUCCAACACUGUUUUAAGUGGGAAGCCUGAAGUUUGGUUUAGAUGCUCAUUUAACCGUUGGACUCACCAUAAUGGCCCCUUACCUCCACAGAAAAUGGUGCAUGCGCAUAAUGGUUCACAUGUCAAAGUGACUGUUAAGGUUCCUCUUGAUGCAUACAUGAUGGACUUUGUUUUCUCAGAGAGGGAAGAUGGUGGAAUUUAUGACAACAAAAAUGGAAUGGACUACCAUAUUCCUGUUUCUGGAGGAAUCUUGAAGGAGCCUGCAACACACAUUGUACAUAUUGCUGUUGAAAUGGCACCUAUUGCAAAGGUGGGAGGUCUUGGCGAUGUCGUUACAAGUCUUUCUCGUGCUGUUCAAGAUUUAGGCCAUAAUGUUGAUAUUAUUCUUCCAAAGUAUGACUGCAUGAAUCUAAGCAAUGUGAAGGACUUCCAUUUUCAUCAAAGCUUUGGCUGGGGUGGAACAGAAGUAAAAGUUUGGUUUGGAAAAGUUGAAGGCCUCUCUGUUUACUUUCUAGAGCCUCACAAUGGAAUGUUUUCGGUUGGAUGCAUCUAUGGCAGGAAUGAUGGUGAUAGAUUUGGUUUCUUUUGUCAUGCAGCUCUUGAGUUUCUAUUCCAAAGUGGAUCUUGUCCUGAUAUUUUGCACUGCCAUGAUUGGUCUAGUGCCCCCGUGGCAUGGCUAUUUAAAGAACAUUAUAGGCAUGAUGGACUGAGUAAUGCUCGAGUUGUCUUUACUAUUCACAAUCUUGAGUAUGGGGUACACCACAUUGGCAAAGCAAUGACACAUGCUGACAAGGCUACAACUGUUUCGCCCACAUAUUCCAAGGAGGUCUCAGGAAAUCCUGCAAUUUCUCCUCAUCUUUUUAAAUUCCAUGGUAUUUUAAAUGGAAUUGAUCUAGAUAUCUGGGAUCCAUUCAAUGAUAACUUUAUUCCUGUUUCAGAGAUUGGAGUGUUGGACGGUACAUGAGUUUGAUCCACCAUAAUGACAUUAGAACUUCCCCAUAUUCAUUUUGGAUAUUGACAAAGGAUUUGGUAUUAAAAUAACUUUGCAAGUUUGUUUUUUUGCUUGCCAAGACAGACAUGGGGCUGCUUGUCUGAGUCCGAUUCUCACAUCAAUGUUCAUCCUAUACUGUUUACUUAUAGUCAGUGUAUGAAAGUGGAAACAAAAUGAAUCAUCAUUGAAGUGAAGGUCAAUUACUUUUUGCGUCCACAACCAAUGAUGCUCGAGCAUGCUGUUAGAAGAUGAAUAAAAAGUGAUGAUAUAUUGAUCAACAAGGUGAUAAAAAGAGAUGUUAGUAAUGAGCUUAAUAACAUUGAGUACAUGCUGGGUUGGAGAACUAGAACUAGACAUCUUUGUAGAUUUUUUAGGGUCGCAACCAACGUCUGUUGUGCUGGUACCGGCUCCUGUUCCGGUUGCUCGACGGCACGAGUCGGUACUGCCCUGCGCCGUGCCAUGCCAACCCUAUACCGACACAGUAGAGGCGGGGGAGAGGGAGAACGGGAGAGAAAAAGAGAGAGAGAGAGAGAGCGGGGGAGGGAGAGGAAGAGAAAGGAGGAGAGAGGCCGGCUGGUAGAUGCCAGGGAGCCUCCGUGUGGAGGAGGCGGAGGCCGGGGAGCCGCGGAGGCGGGGCUCUGCCUCCGGUCCCCUAUUUUAUUUCACUUAAAUACCAAAAUGUAAGUUAACAUAGCAUCUAUACUUAAAGGCGCCAGCUUAUCUAGCUAGUAAAAUUUUUGGCAGUUGGACCAAGUGAGAAUGAGUACAAACUACAAAGGUUAUAUGGUGUUUUACAACUGAAGAGAUAAAGCAAAAUAGCAAAUUUCUCUCUAUAUAAAAAUACUAUUUGAUGCUCAAAAGUAAGGAUUACAAGGUUAAUUACAGUGUUCUCUAGGUCUCUUAAUUGCUCAGGACAGUAGAGUCCAUUUGUAAACUCAUUACAUCAAAACAAAAGAGAAUAAACUAAAAUUGGCAUCCUUUUGGUGGUUCAAACUGACAUACAAUUCUGAUGCCAAGCUAGCUAGAGGUGGGUGGAAUAAAGUGCUGUCCUUUCUAGCAUCAAGAUACUCCAUAAUCAAUGGCAACAGAAGAUUAAUCCAAGGACCCCUCAUACAUAACUGUUGAUCACUAACAACAAAAUGAUGACCCAACUAAAUUUGGAUUAGAUGUUGGUGAUGCCAGAAUUGGAUAUACCUAAUGUAGUAGUGCUAGUUGCUGACAUUAGACUCUAAACUUCAUAUAUUAACUGGUUCAUGUUAGUUAAUGCUUUGCUGACAUCUUGAAUGAACUUGUCCAUUGCUUUUUGUAAAGCUUGGAAUUUUUGGGUUCAAUUGUGCUUGGACCAGAUCAUAACAGGCCAUGACAUAUCGGAGGAUGCUCCAGGGGCUUAGUAGUAGAGGAUUCUCCAAGUACUUAUCAUAGACUUUAUUAGGGGCAUUACUCACAUGCAGAUAUUAAGAUGGUAAGUAUGCAACCAAAUUAUGAUGCUAUUUGGAGUCCUAUAAGUAGAGACACAAGCAGCUCAAGUUGCACGUGUGGGCCAGCAUACUUGUUGGAUUCUACAAGUCCAAUUGCAAAGUAAGUUGAAUUGCUCGUUGUGUUGCAACUCGGCCAUCUUGCAGUAGGUCGACUCGUGGUCAAGAUGGAAGUGAGAAGAGUUGCAGCCAUUCUAGUAGGUAUCUUAAUUAAAAAAAAGAUUUUCUAAUUAUUCUAUCUUGAUCAACGUCUUAGCAUCCCACCACAUGUCAUCGCCUCCCUCCUCUUCGGUGUUCCAUCCUAACCUUGCCUCCUGUUGGAUCUUCCUAGCCAUGUCGUGCCAAACCUCCCCCAUCCUCUCCUCCUUCCCCAUCCUGCUUUCCAGUUCCUCAUUGCCACUCUCGAUGCCUCCACAGGUUCUUACCACCUUCGGAAUGCCCACGGUCGCCUCCUCUCCCUUGGCCUUCGCCGCAGCAGCUUUCUCAUCAUCCGCCUCCUUCGUGGCAUCGCCUACUUCGUCCCUACCCACCCAUACUCGCUC